AUGACACUCCCAAGACAAAUCACAGCUCAACCACUCACAAAGGAGGCAUUCGCUCUGUACGGCGAUGUGAUUGAAGUUCCUAAAGAAGCUAAUGGUGAUGCUGCUAAUCAAGGAACAGCAAAACGCUACAACCACCUAACACACUUCACAAACCUCCGGUCCCCACUCCCACUCACUCCCCCUUCCGCCCCCUCAACCACUCCAAUCCCGUCUUCCCUCCUCUCACCACCAGCCCUACCCAACCUCUGUAUCUUCAAAUCAGUCCCAACACCAGUCCUCCCCUUCCCCAUUAAGCUCCUCGAGAGACACAAAUACAGUACACAGAUGUUCCUUCCCAUGAAUGGAGACGUCAAGGCGUAUCUCGUUAUCGUUGCCUUAAACAAGGACGAUGGUAGUGGGAAGGAAGGGCCGGAAUGGAGUACGCUAAAGGCGUUUAUAUGUGAUGCGAGACAGGGGUUUAAUUAUCAUGUCGGUGUCUGGCACCAUCCGAUGAUUGCGUUGGAGGUGGAGACAGACUUUGUCUGUUUGGUAUGGGAAAGACGCGAAAACAUGACUGAUCCAACAGAAGACUGUGAAGAAGUGCAUCUGAAGGAAGACGAGUAUAUAUCUGUUGUUGUGGAUGGGUAUCGUGGGAGUCGUGAUCUUGCUUCAGCUGCAAGUAGUAACAGUAGUAAUGGGAGAAGUAAUGGGAAGCAUAGUCAUAAGGAAGCAUCUGAAGACAAAGAAGAGGAGGAAACAAGAACAUCAAAACGACGCUCAACUAGAAAGUAA